AGGAGGGAAAAGGCGCACAGGACUCCCCGGCUCGGCUGCGGAAGGGCUCCAGUUGUCGGGACGCAGAGGGUGGGAACCAGAGAGGGUAGGCCUGUCUCUCAAGAGGUUGGGGGUCUUUUCCUCCCUUAUUUAGGAGAAACGAGGAUGAAUAUGACUCAAGUCCGGGUUCUGGUGGUUGCAGUAGUGGGUCUGGUGGUCGUUCUUCUUUACGCCUCCAUCCACAAGAUCGAGGAAGGACAUCUGGCUGUGUACUACAGGGGAGGAGCUUUACUAACUAGCCCCAGUGGACCAGGCUAUCAUAUCAUGUUGCCUUUCAUUACUACGUUCAGAUCUGUGCAGACAACACUACAAACCGAUGAAGUUAAAAAUGUGCCUUGUGGAACAAGUGGUGGGGUCAUGAUCUAUAUUGACCGAAUAGAAGUGGUUAAUAUGUUGGCUCCUUAUGCAGUGUUUGAUAUCGUGAGGAACUACACUGCAGAUUAUGACAAGACCUUAAUCUUCAAUAAAAUUCAUCAUGAACUGAACCAGUUUUGCAGCGCCCACACACUUCAAGAAGUUUAUAUUGAAUUGUUCGAUCAAAUAGAUGAAAACCUGAAGCAAGCUCUGCAGAAAGACUUAAACAUCAUGGCACCCGGCCUCACUAUACAGGCUGUGCGUGUUACAAAACCCAAAAUCCCAGAAGCCAUAAGAAGAAAUUUUGAGUUAAUGGAGGCUGAGAAGACAAAACUUCUUAUAGCUACCCAGAAACAGAAGGUGGUGGAGAAAGAAGCUGAGACAGAGAGGAAAAAGGCUAUUAUAGAAGCAGAGAAGAUUGCACAAGUGGCAAAAAUUCGAUUUCAGCAGAAGGUGAUGGAGAAAGAAACUGAAAAGCGCAUUUCUGAAAUUGAAGAUGCUGCUUUCCUGGCCCGAGAGAAGGCGAAAGCAGAUGCUGAGUAUUAUGCCGCCCAGAAAUACGCCACUUCAAACAAGCACAAAUUGACCCCGGAGUACCUGGAGCUCAGAAGGUUCCAGGCCAUCGCUUCCAAUAGCAAGAUCUACUUCGGCAGCAACAUUCCCAGCAUGUUCGUGGACUCCUUUUGUGCUGUGAAAUAUUCAGAUGUUAGGACUGGCAGGAAAAGCUCUCUCCUCCCUAAGGAGGUUCUUGAACCCUCUGGAGAGAGCCCCGUCCAGAAGAAGGAGAGCAUAGGUUGAUGCAAGGAGUGGAAAUGUUCGCCCAUGUCAACAUGUGUUCCAAGAGGUUCUGUGGGAACAGUGGUAAUACGACUCUCCGUGCUUGUGUGCUCAGCCUCUCCUGUGGCGGUCCUGGCUUGUCAGCUGAUUCCAGGAUAGAGCCCGCUGUCUGGCACCCAGACGGUCUUUUCAGCUGCAGUGUUGUCAAGUAUUCGGUGUGUGGGUUCCUUUCGCAACUGGUACUCGGGAAAGAGGGAAAGUCAAAUGCUAAGAUACUGCCUGCACUGGAAUGGUAAACACUAAAUACAUAACAAGCUGUGCUUUUUAAAGCUGAGAAUAUUGAAUAAUGUUUACAUUGGUCCCCAGGGAUAUGUGUUCUCAGCCUUCAAGGGAUAGAAGGCCAGAAAGAAGACGGCCAGCCUGUGGUGAGAGCAAAGGAGACUCAGUACUCCUGGUCCCAGGCCCCCGAAUCCAGUCCCAGCGUUCCUCCCUGUGACUGGCAUCUGGUCUGCGGAAGUUCCGCAGGAAACGAGCUUCCACUUGAGCAACCAUUUACUUGAUACGAUUUACACCUCCUUCUUUUCCUACAGCUGAGCAGGUGGCCUGCUGGAGCUCGCACUUGCUACUCAGCCAGAUUCCUUUAGAGAUUCCUAAUCAGUAGUUGAUUUCAUUAGUAGGCACAGAGAUAGAGCUUGGUUUGAAGUUUGGCAUGAGAUGAAACCUUGACUUUAAACCAAAGCUCUGGGGACCUGCAUUCUCUUCCAUUGGGUGAUGAUCAUCUGUGUCACUGCCCUAGGCCCUAUGUGACUAAGGUACCUGGUUUCUAGUCACAGACAACUCCUAUGUCACCUUUCAGCUCUGGCUGGCCAAGAGCAAGACAGGGCUUUAACGAGAAAUAAAAGCCGCAUACAAUUCUUAGCUCUUCACAGCACAGGAUUGAGUCGUAACUGCAGGAAGUGUUGAUUUUUAGCACUGGAUUUGGGGUACAUCAUUUGCCCCAGUACCUCUGCCUAGAGGCUAUAUUCUGGGCUGCCAUGGUUACUAGCACAGUGAUUCUUCUCAAUAUUGUUCAUCAGAAGCCUACGUAAUGUGGAACAAAGAGUAACUUCGAGAGCAGCCUGGGUUAUUUUUGUGUCCUUCCUUCUUGGCCCAGGGAUGCUGAAAUCAAAGUUCUCCACCUUUUCCUUCCCUAGGAGAGCAGGAUUCCACUGCCUUCCUGGGCAGCCAGUGGGUGUAAUUUUCCGUGAGAGGAUGACAGUCACCGAGGUUUGUUGUUUUUUUGCCAUGUAUACUGCGCACCCAUGUUUUUGUGCGCAUUAUGCAUGGGAUCAUUAUGCCCAUUGUUAUAUCCAUGGUGUGUAACCAUUACAGCCCUGUAUGAUGCGCACCCUUCUCUUCCCUCAAAAUUGGGGCAAAAAGGGUGCGGUAUACAUGGCAAAAUACGGUAGCCUUGGGCUGUGAGAGACUUCUUUUAUCUGGCCUUUUUUCCCCCAUUAAGGUUAACUUUCCUGAAAGAGUGUGCCCCAUAGUUGACCCUGAUCAUGCGCUGCUGAGUGAGGCCUUUUGUGUGGACUUUGUUCAAGCCAGACAGAAAAGUCAUGGGGCCCCGUCCAGCACCUUUCUGCUGACUCAGUCCUGUCAGUCUCAUGACAGCGUGUGGGUUGUGCCAAACACCAAACACGUUCUCUGGGGAAGGAAUCUCGGAGUGGAGAGGGUGUUUCCCCACGGCCUUACCCUUCAGGGGCAUUUGUAAUAUGGAGAGACUCAUUUUUUUCAUUUUUUGCUCCAUUAAUUGCAUCCCUCCUUUAUGGGUGAAGUUUGUGUUUUGUAGCCCUCUUCGAAAGAUCUUUAGAAUUGUAAAAAUAAGUCCUCACCUGUCAUAUAUUGUUGCUGCAGGUGGAUGAUUGUUGUGGGAAAUCUGGAUCAUUGAUCUUUGUGCUUGCUUGCUUAGAGAUGUUUCCUACUCCCAUGAGCUAAAGAAAGCUGCUGUCCCAAAGUGAUAAGAUGAGGGUUCUCUUACAAGCCAGGAGCCCUGGUGGCAGAGUUGAGGAACUGGGACUCCCAUGAAGUUUUAAAGAAAGGACUUGCACUUGCAGUCCCCAUGGAGUGUGUGCUUCCCUGUGCUCACUAGGUCUACCCCUCCUUCGGGAAUGUCCCUUUUGGCAAAUAUACACUGUAAUCUUGAGUUGAAAUUUAUAUGUGAAGUGCUGCCUUUUUAUACAAAAAAAGAAACCAAAUAAAAUUAGGUUAUUUUCA